GUCCAAAGUUUUUCUUAGGACUUCCUGAGACUGCACUUUGCUUGUUUGGAGUCAAACUCAUUUAGACAAACAAAGAAGAAUGUAUUUUUGGAGCUUAAAGGCAUGUUGAAGAACAGCACUGCUUGUAGUGAAGUCUAUGAAGACAAUUUCAACAUAAUAUUUUGAAGCAUGGAUAUUCCAGAAGGACCCGCCCUUGGUUUUUGCAAGCAUGUUUUUUAUAAAUCCCUCCUUGUUAGAGUGAUCCAAGCUGCUGUUUGCAUUCCGUAAGGAAAUGUGGGGCAUUUGGAGACUUGCCUGACACUUCGGUUCAAGUCAGGCUUUUGUUGGCGCUGAUUCUGGGCGAUGUGGGGAGAGAGGAACUUUCUGAGGUACAGGGGGGAGUGGGCAGAGGGCAAAAGUCACCCUGUACCUCGAACCCUUGGUGCCCUGGGUCUUUCUUCUCUGUCUGAGCAGCGUGGACACUUCUUCCCCUGCCACAGAGAGCAGCUGGAUACUGAUGAUGACUAUGAUGAGUGGGUUUAUGCACCUCUCCAUUGCAGAGCGGUGUCCAGUCUUGAUGAGGAGAGCAAGUGGUCGGUGCACUACACAGCCCCCUGGCACCAACAGGAGAAUGUCUUCCUGCCAGGGUCUAGACCAGCCUGCGUCGAGGACCUUCACCGCCAGGCCAAAGUCAACCUAAAAACAGUCCUCAGAGAGUGCGACAAGCUCAGGAAAGAUGGCUUCCGCAGCUCCCAGUACUACUCCCAAAGCCCUGCCUUCUCUGCAACCAGCCUAUGUGAAAGUGUGCACCUGGAUGAGGAGAAGACAGAGAAGAAAAAGAAGGCUUCAGAUUCACCUAAUGAGGAGGAGAAGCUUGUGUACUCAAUGCCGCCUCAGACCCCUUUGCUGGAUCACGGCUCUGACAUGGACAUUCAGAGAAGCUGGACCAAUUGUCUACCUUUGCCUACUCCUGAGGAGAAAAUGAGACUACAGGCUCAGUCGGUGGCCACUGAUAUUAUUCCCAUCAAUAUUACAGGAGAGAACUUUGACCGCCAGGCCACUUUCCGUCGCUCCUUAGCAAACACUGAUACCAUAAUAAGAAGACCCAAGAGGGUGCAAAGAAGAAAGACAAUAACAGGAGUUCCUGACAACAUCCAGACUGAAUUAGCAAAUAAAGAACAAGACUCUAGAAUUCAUUCCAUGUGUAUGGCAGAUCAGUACUCCACCCUCAGUCGAGUGGGAAGUGUAAACUCCACCCUGAGACGCUCAGACACCCGAGACUCAAGUUGCCAAACAGAAGAGGUGAAGAUUGUUCCUCCCUCAGUACGCAGAAUCAGAGCACAGAGAGGCCAUGGAAUUGCCGCCCAAAUGGCCAGUGUUUCCUCCUCAAGCAGCAUUUCCACCAUGAGUGACUGUAAUGGUAUUAGCUACACUCAACUUAAUGACAGUGAUCAGAGCUUUCACAGUUUGCCACGACAAGGUUCUCGCAUCUCGCAUCAACACUGCGAACCAAAGUACAACAGCUCCCCCUACAGGAUGAAUUCUGGCUCUAUAAGCUCAUUGUCCUACCAGUUUGACAUGCAGCAUGGCUCUUCAUCAUCACUGCAGAUGCUGUCCGACUCCAUAAGCAAUACAUUAAACAGCCCAAAGGUUGCUGAAAAUUUAAAUUACCACGGCUCUGAUCAAAAUAAUAGCCCAAGCUUGUUCAAUCUCAGUGGUGCUCUACAGAACUCUAUUCUUUAUGGACACAAAAGGACAGAGGAUAACCAGAUACAAUCACCUCAUUCAUUGACCCAGUUACUUAGUUCUGACGAUGCCUCGUUGUCAGCUGUCUCCUCCUGUUACGAAUCCACAGCCUCCCUCUGUACAGGGAUCCACACCGAGACUGAGUCCCAGUGCAGCACACUUGAUGGUAGAAACUGCAGCAGUCCUAACGGUGUCCGCAGGGAUUCCAACUUCUCAGAGAGCAGCAAUCAAAGCUGCAGCACAUUAACCACUGACCAGUGGACAUAUGAAGUUUCUCCAAAGGACAACGUCACCUCAAGUUGCUCCUCACCUGUCAGCCAUAUAUACAACAGUGAAGAACAUUCUCCCAGCAAGACAGACACAAGCUCAUUGUUCUCUGUUGACAACGAAGGUUACUACACCUCCAUGCGUCUAGACUCUGGUUUGAAGUCACAUAGCCAUGGCUGCAUCAAUAAAGCUGGGGAUGCAAAGCACAAUUUGUACGAGUGCAAGGACCACCACAGUCAAGGUGACCAUACAAGUCUGCAUAGCAACCGCUCAUUGACACGUAGCAUUUCCCUGCGGAAAGCCAAGAAGCCUCCACUCCCUCCUGCAAGGACUGACUCCUUAAGGCGCAAACCCCACAGGAAGCUUCACCACAGUGGUUCAGUGCUUAGUGAGCAGUUUAUUUCCAGUCUCCAGCAGUCCUUAGAGCUUAAUCUAAAAACUCAUAGUUUAUCUUGUUCCGAACAGACACCCUGUGGUAGAUUUGAAGAUCCUUGGGUGCUCCGGCCCAGAAGCCAGAGCACCACAAGUGCAGCAAGCAGUGGGAUGUCUGCACCAGCUGCUGUAUGUCCAGUCACACCCACGCACAGCGACAGCAGCAGUCAGCGCUCAGACUAUGCAGAGUCAUGGGACUUCUACAUGGAUUACCCUGGUCCACAGUCCGACCAGGGUCUCUCCUCCCAAAUCACAAAAUCUGCAAGUGCUGAAGAGAAUCAAGGAGUCACGGGCAAUGCAUCCAACAACACUGGAUUCCCAUCAUCCCACUUCAACAGUAGUGGGAUUCAGUCAAAAUUGGCCUCAUCACCUGACAAGGUUCAUCGCCUGACGUCACCAUCAAGUGGUUAUUCAAGUCAGUCCAACACUCCGACUGCAGGCACUCCAGUUACUUCUCUAAUAAGAGCAAAGUCUCCUGCAGGGAGGCCAAAACCAAAAGUCCCUGAAAGAAAGUCCUCCCUGCGGUCUUCUGUGUCAUCCUCCUCUACAUCCCUGUCCUCCAACACCUCAGAUUCUAUCAGAAACAUCCCACCACCUCCACCUGACAUGACUUCUGCAUCAUGUGGGUCACCCAGCCCCGCUUCUUGCUCUCCAACAGCAUCUACGAUAGACCCAACCUCACCUUUUCCUCCUGUAACUGACAUAUCCUCUGCCUUGGAAGAGAGACAUAAUUCACUUUCAGAUUCAUUGACAACACCUGAAGAAUGUGACUCUCUUGAUUUCCCCCCUCCCCCACCAAAGGUUUCUCAAUUUCCGUCAAGCAAUGAAGGUACAAAUAUUCCUCCACCACCUCCACUUCUUUCUCCCAAACCUUCAUUGUGCAUUCUAUCUUCUCUUCCUCCUCCUCCUCCUCCUCCACCUCCUCCACCAUUACUUGAGAUGAAUCUUCAAACUUCAGCCAUUUUGAAGACAGAGAGUUGUCUUAGACCUACGAAGGCCAUUGAAAUUGAAAAAAGACUGAACAUCAUAUACACUGGAGAGCGAGAGAAGACUCAGAAACCAAUAAUCACUGCCCAAGCUCUUCAAAUGGUGCAGCUACGACCUGUCAAGCUCAAGCAAAUAGAAAAUAUCUUUACAGCAGUCAGUUUUGAUCAUUUUGAUGACCAAGCACACAACCAUUCCGAAACAAACUCAGGAAAGUCCCCAGAAAUUGAGACUGCAGAGCGCACAGUGACUGCAAGCUGUGUUAGUCAGUCAGAAAAUGCCAUUGAAAUACCUGAAGAUGAACAUUCAGUAAACAAAUUUAUACAAGAUUUCCCUGAGGCAUCAACUGGUUCUAUACUCCCUGGCCCAGAUGAACCUGUCAGCAAUACCGGGCAGAAUGUUCCAGAAUCUUCCCACAAGCUUCUGCAGUGCACAGACUCCUCAGCUUCUCUUCAAAGUUCUCCGCUAAAACAGAAGCCUCCUAUAUCACCUAAGAAGCCCAAUCUUUCCCUUAUUAUACCACCCAUUAUGCACCUACCUGUCUCUAAUGUACUUCAACAGGUUCAUGAAGCACAAGAAACACUUGAGUCAGGGCAAGUGAAUGGUACAUCCCCGACAAACACAGUUAAUUUGCAGGCAGUUCCUUUAGACCUUGAGGUAGAAGAGAGUGACUCAGACUCUUCAACCCCUGUGAUCAAAAGCAGAGUGUCUCUCAGCAGUGAGCUGUCAUCAAGCAGUCUCCAAGACCUGCAACUCUCCGAUCUCAUUCUUCAUGAGCAUGACCUCAGCCUGAGUGAUAAAGACUUUGGGCUCUGUGAUGAUAAAAGCACAUCAGAUGAUGGUUCAAGCAGCAGCUCAGGAUCCAUCAGCUUUAAAGAGGACGAACAUGAGGAAAAUGGUGCCGUGUUUGACUCGAGCUCUGAAAGCGCAUCUGGCAAUAACACUAUAAGGGAGGCUGUGGAGGAGAUGGUGACGCCUGUUCGUCCUCGUACAACAGAGGACCUCUUUGCUGCCAUUCAUAGGUCAAAGAGGAAGGUCCUGGGCCGUGGCGACUCUGAAGAGGAACGCUGCCGUAGCGUCCUCCCUUCACCACCUGUCACUCCAACCGGAUCCUGCCCCAGCCUACCUUCCUUGCCACGUCAUUCCGGCUCCAUUCAGCGCAGCCUGCGGCGCUCAACCACAAGCAAUGACAGUUUUAAAGCUCUGCUACUUAAGAAGGGCAGCCGCUCAGAGUCCAGCUUCCGCAUGUCAGCCACUGAGAUUCUCAAAUCCACAGACCCCCGUUUCCAGAGGGCUAAUUCGGAGCAUGGACAAGCUGAAGGACUGUGCACCUCUCCGACAAGCAGAAGGAGAGCACAUGAAGAGUGGGCACGUACGGAGGGAGCCUUGCCCCGCCUUACUGCUGGACUAACAACCCUAAAAUACGGGCGUUCAAGCACACCACCUUCCGCAGCCAGCAGUCGGUACAACAGCCGCAGCCGCAUUCCUAGUGGGCCAAUGACUGCCAUCUGUGAAAGAGAGGGAGAGGUGGCCGAGUCUACAGACUGCUGCAUUAGCGCAGAGAAUCAUUUCACCCUGAAUAUAUCUGCCAGCAGCACGGUCUGUGUUCAAGGCAGCACUUAGGCUUCUCAACUCAACCCUAAUGGCUUGUAAGAGAUAGCAAUCCAUUCAAUAUGAAGACCGUAGAGGUCUAAACUCUGGCUGGAAGGCCAUGCUUGCGCUGGCCGAUAAUUCCCCAAGAAAUUAGGGUGAAGGGGAAAGUUUCUGUAAUUCUGUAACUGUAGUUUUGCUCUUUUCAUGAGAGUUUUGUCUUUCAAAAGAAAUUAGCGUUCUCAAAAAAAUGUUAUAUUAACAGAGGGUUACUUGUUUGGUUUGAUCAAAGGUUCUUAGCUCUCAGUAUGAAGGUUAGGAGAACAAGGAAAUGUACAUUUCCUUCUUGGUGGUAAAUUGAGGAAAGAAUGAAUGGAAGCAGAAUGUCAUUGAGGGAUUUUUUGUUGAAUGGUCCAUGCUGAUGUGUUUUUGCAUCUGUGACAAUGGAAAGUACUUAACCAAAGUGAGCACCGAAACACUGAAUGCACGGCACCCACAUUGAGAUCACAUUUGUGGAAGAGGAGGUGUCAAUUGUGUAUUGGCAUUAACAAGCAUGAUAAGUUUGAAGGGGGACACAUUACUGUAUGGUUACGGUGAAGUUGCAAAAGAAUGAGUGUGGACAUAAAAUGGAGAUUUUUAAGAAGUGUUUAGAGAGACUGAUUUAAAAUAUGUAUAUUUUACACACCUUUACAUUCUUAAUUUCUUUUUGAUUGUGUCGAACAAUCUUCAGUUAGAGCAAUGAAAGAAAUGGAAGUUUAUCAGAACAUAAAGAUAUUCAGUUAAUGCAAGUUAAUUUUUAACUAACUAAAUAGAAUUUUAUCUGUUUACAGUUAGACAAUAAUAGAUCUUAUACUUCAUCAGUGUAAAUAAUCCAACCUUUACAAAAGCCAGUUACCAACCAUUCUGUUUCAUUUAUAGAAACUGACUGCUUCUAUUUAGGUCAUAUUUCUAUUUAGGUUCUUCAAAAGCUAAGAAAUUCCUUGCCUUUGUCUCAUAUUUGCCCGAUAUGACAAUUUGUCCAAUUUGUACAUUUUCAUGUUUCUUAUUUCCAAAGGGAGGUACUGUUUAGUCUAUUUACUGUACUACGUGCACCUAAAUGUUCUUCUUCCCAUAGUACUGAACACCAGCAGAAUGGUAGUAGAGAAAUGGUAAAGCCCAUGAGAAAAUGCCAUGUGAGAUGCAAGAGUUUCUGUGAAAGAAAUAAAACAUGGCAUUAAUCUCAAAA